UCUUGUGAAGGGCCCGCUCUUCGCACUCUUGUGCAGGACUUUUCUUCCAGGCCGGACUGCUCCUCGUCCCUUCAAGGCGCUCUCGGUCGGCACUGCCUAUUGGGUCCAUGAUGCGACGCUUGGGCUCCGUGCAGCGGAAAAUGCCCUGUGUGUUUGUGACGGAGGUGAUAGACGAGCCCUCGGCCAAAAGGGAGCACCAGCCAUUUAAAGUUUUGGCAACUGAAACUCUAAGUCACAAGGCAUUAGAUGCAGAUAUACACAGUGCAAUUCCAACAGAAAAAGUGGAUGGAACAUGUUGUUAUGUUACUACCUACAAAGAUAAGCCAUACCUUUGGGCUCGACUAGAUAGAAAACCCAACAAACAAGCUGAAAAAAGAUUUAAAAAUUUUCUACAUUCCAAAGAGAACUCACAAGAAUUUCUUUGGAAUGUGGAAGAGGAUUUCAAACCUGUCCCAGAGUGCUGGAUACCAGCAAAGGAAAUAGAACAACUGAAUGGGAAUCUGGUGCCUGAUGAAAAUGGACACAUUCCUGGUUGGGUACCAGUAGAGAAAAACAGCAAACAGUAUUGCUGGCAUUCUUCUGUAGUGAAUUAUGAAUUUGAAGUUGCUCUUGUACUAAGGCAUCAUCCUGAUGAGCCUGAGCUUUUGGAAGUAAGUGCAGUGCCACUAUCAGAUCUCUUAGAGCAAACCUUGGAGCUUGUUGGAACAAAUGUGAAUGGAAACCCAUAUGGACUGGGAAGCAAGAAACAUCCACUGCACUUUCUUAUACCACAUGGAGCAUUCCAAAUAAGAGAUCUGCCUGCACUGAAUCACAGUGACCUCCUGUCCUGGUUUGAAGGUUGCAGAGAGGGUAAAAUUGAAGGAAUUGUAUGGCACUGCAGUAAUGGCUGCUUAAUUAAGGUCCAUCGCCAUCAUCUUGGUUUAUGCUGGCCAGUUUCUGAGACUUAUAUGAAUUCAAAACCAGUUAUUAUCAAUAUGAACCUGAACAAAUAUCACUGUGCUUUUGAUACUAAAUGUCUGUUUGAUACUAAAUGUCUGUUCAAUCAACUUUCAAAAAUAGAUAAACAGAAAUUUGGUAGGCUCAAAGAUUUAAUACUUGAUAUAUAAAAUGGGAAUACAUUUGAAAUUAACUUUAACUUUGAAUUCAGAUCUUGAAUAUUCUACAUUUCAAGGGCAAAAAUACUUCAAAAUGCCUGUCUCUCUGGGAAACAUAUCAAGGUCUUCUACCAUUCAAAGAAGUUACCUAUUCAAAUAUUUAUUUAAAUCCACAGAUAAAUUUUACCUACACAGAAAAGUAUAAUG